AUGAAGGUGGAAGAGAGGAGAAAUGUCGUAAAGGCGAAUCAAUUAUGCUUCAAUUGUCUUUCCAGAGGACACAUGUCCAGAGAAUGUUCACGAGGUUCCUGUCGCAUCUGCGGACAGUUGCACUUAGCAACACAUCAAAGCCCACGAGCUCAACCAGCACUACCGAUGAGACGACUUCAGAUGAAUCCACGUAACCAGCAACCGUUUCAUACAUUACCGAAUGUGCAAAGUCAUAAUCAACCACAGAACACCAACACUUUUCAACAUUCAACCAAUCGAUCCACCAGCAAUUCCUUACCCAUUGUUUUUCAAAGCACGCACGGACAGACGCCACCUCCCAGAGACACUCCUGUAAGUCAUAACAUUGCCCUCUUUGCUAACGAAACCAAGUCAUUACGAUCGGUUCUACUUGCAACCGCAGUCGUGGUGCUUGAAGACCAAUUUGGAAAUAAUACACACGCUAGAGCAUUGCUCGAUAGCGGCUCUCAGAUGUGUUUUAUGUCUGAGAACUCAACACAAAAGCUCAAAUUCAAGCGCUCUCGGGAACUCAUUAUCGUGAGUGGGAUUGGACAGUCUACAAAAUCAUGCAAACAGUCUGUCAUCGUACUUGUAAAAUCUAGAAUUUCGAAUUUCUCAAUGCAAGAAAUGUUUUAUGUUCUUCCACAAGUCACGGUGGAUCUGCCAGCAUCAAAGAUUCGCACCGACAACUUGAAUAUACCUCAAGAAAUAGACCUUGCCGAUCCACAUUUUAAUGAACCUGGCGCCAUUGAUGUAAUACUUGGGGCCGGUUUAUUUUUCGAUCUGCUGAAGGACGAACAAAUGAAAUUGAAGGGAAGCAAUCUCACUAUCCGGAAGACUGAAUUUGGCUGGAUAGUCUGUGGACGGACACCAGAAGAACAUAUUCAUUCUAGAUCAGUUAUCGCAAACCAUACCAUCGAACGAAUUGAUGAAAUAUUAACACGCUUUUGGGAGCUGGAAUCGUGUCGCUCGAAAAGCACACACUCCAUCGAAGAAUCGAUAUGCGAAGCUCCAUUUGAUCGAACUACUGUUCGUGACUCUAGUGGAAGAUUUAUAGUCACAUUACCGAAAAAAAACUUUAACAUUAAGCAGCUUGGAGAUUCAAACUCCAUUGCGCUGAAGCGUGUCCUAGCACUCGAGAAACGGCUUUCAGCCAAUGCAGAGAUCAAAACCGUGUAUAUUAACUUCAUCGAGGAGUAUCAUCGUCUUGGACAUAUAAGAGAGGUAGUUACAGAUGAUUAA